AUGUCGGUAUCGGAAUACACCAACAAGUUCAAGCAUUUGGUGAGGUUGAAUACUAUGGCUAUAAAUGAGGAGUGGCAGUGUCGAAAGUUUGAGAAUGGAUUGAGGAGUGAUAUGAAAUUAUUGGUCUCCAGCUUGUGCAUUAAGUCGUUCCCUGCCAUGGUGGAAAGAGCUAAGGUAUUGGAGAAGAACACGUUAGAGGUGGAACAACAAAAGAAGCUGCUGCAGCAGAGCGUUCGAGGUCCAAUUUCUUCCCGAAACAGUCCAAGUCUGAGAAGAACUCCUUAUACUCGGCCUUCACCUUCUACAGACUUUUGUAGUUCAUCUUCUCAACUAUCAGGGCCUCACUACAAGUCUGCAUGUCCUCAGCUGGUGGGAGGAAAGUUCUGCGUUCGGUGUAGAAAGAAAGGUCGUGUGGAGAGUGAGUGUAAUAUGGGAAGGAGAGCAGUUGUAAGGCCUCCAAAUGCUGGAAGGAGUCAGUCGAGAGGUAGUGGCCGAGCACAAGCAGUGGGACGGGUCUAUGCAUUGACAGGAGUUGAAGCAGCAAGUUUAGGUAACCUCAUUAUCAGUACUUGCUUGCUGUUUGGUGUUUCUUGCUGUGUGCUGUUUGAUUCGGGAGCAACACAUUCCUUCAUCUCGAAGGCAUGUGUUGAGAAAUUGGGAUUGACCGAGAGUGAGAUGCAGUUUGAUUUGGUGGUGUCAUCCCCAACAGCUGGUGAGGUUAGGACGUCUACUGUAUGUAGGGGUGGGCAAACUGCACCACAGUUCACUGCACUAUGA